UUUGCUAUAUUACAAAGAACGUACCGUACGUACAAAAAAGCUUCAAUUCGAUUGACCAAAUGAAGAAGAAAGACACAAGUUCACAAUUAGUUGACACGUUGAGCAAAAAGAAGUACAAAGGAGUGAGAAUAAGAAGCUGGGGUUCAUGGGUCUCCGAAAUUCGAGCACCCAAUCAAAAAACAAGAAUAUGGUUAGGCUCACAUUCGACACCCGAGGCUGCAGCUAGAGCUUACGACGCAGCCCUUCUAUGCCUCAAAGGACCAACGGCUAACCUCAACUUCCCUCUUCAUCAUUAUAACCACCUUCAUUAUUCUACAAACACAAUGUCUCCAAAAUCAAUACAAAAAGUAGCGGCUGCUGCAGCCGCUACUGACCCCAACAUUACUACCACUGACACUCAUUCAUCAUCAUUGAUGUCUUCCCCAUCUUCACCAAUACUGCAUUUGCCAACAAGUAGUCCAAUUGACGAUGAAAUCUUAUUUGCAAAUGAUGAUCCUCUUAACACGGUCAUGAAUGAACCAUGGUCUUGGUAUAAUUUGGAUGCACCUAUAUAUAGUGAUGUAAUUCUCGACGAUUUAAUGUUUAAUUCGUCGUAUUCUUUGAUGAUCCAAGACGUUGAAGAAGAUAUUGGCGAUAUUCCUCUUUGGAGCUUCUGCUAA